AUGCGUCCCGCUAAAAUGAUGAUCCCCCGAGCGCAACCCCGAGCCACACGUUCGAGCUCUCGGUCCCGAACAAUCCAAGCCUGUGAUCCGUGUCGAAAACGCAAGGCCAAGUGCAAUGGAGCCAAGCCGUGUCUCUAUUGUGACGGGCUGGAAAUCGCGUGUACGUAUACGCAGCUGAGACAGCCCCGGGAGGUAGACCAACUACGGAGCAAAACGCAACGGCUUGAGCGCAUGGUCAAGCUCAUCUUGUCCCGAGCAUCAGCAUCCCAAUCAGCCGCAGUUGCAGGAUAUACAGAUAGCCUCUCACGGAAUACACAGGGACCCAGUACCCUCGCGCAGCAAAGUUUGCCGGGAAACUUAGAUAGCGCUCUGGGACUCGUACAACGUCAGCUAGGCGAGCUGCAUCAAAUCUACCAGACGAUCCAGGAAUGUGACUUGGAGAUACUGCCACGGGUGAUAAGCACGAUCCGCUACAGCGCAUCAGUUCAUGAUGCCGCCAACCGAUUGGGAAGACAGAUUAAAAUACAGCAAGCUCAGAUGACCCUCGAAAGAAUGCAGCAGGUCUGGAUGACUCGACUGUCAGGCCAAGCGGAGAUGAUCGAACAAGAAGCGCCAUACAGCGUCCAUACAACUAAGUUAUGGUCGGCCUUUGUCACUGACAGGACCGCCUCGCAUCUAUUCUCAUUGUUUUUCGUGUGGGAUAAUCCUAUCUGGCGAGUUAUUGAACCGAGCCUGUUUCUCAGGAGCUUCGCUACCGGGGAUACCCGUUUCUGCUCCUCUCUGCUAGUCCACACCAUCCUAUUUUACGCUUGUCACUUCUCAUAUAACCUGGAGAAGCCGUGGGACCGUCACGAAGAGAUCGCUACCGCAAAACAGCUGUUCCAGGUGAUCGAGAGACUGUGGCAUCGCGAUAAGGCCAGAAUAUGCGUCCCGACCAUGCAAUCAAGCUUACUACUUGGACUCUUUUUCUGUGGAACUGGAAAAGACAGGAUUGGCGCUCGUUAUAUCCAGUAUGGCGCGUUGAUGGCAUUGCGGCUGGGCCUGCAUACUUCAUCAACCGAUGCCUUUCGCGAUAACCCGCGGGCACAUAAAAUCAUCGCCUGUGCGGUGUACGAUGUGGAGUCAAUAUCGGUCCAAGUAUCAGCAAGGUCAUCCGUUUGGCCAGGCCCACCGCAAGUAUUCCUAAAUGAAGCCGAAGCAUCCGCGGCCGAUCUCAACGAACAGUGGGCACCAUACCCGUUUAGACAUCCUGUGUACCGGCCAUAUACGAACACCGGUACAUGGGCUCGUCGAUGUCUUCUUAUUCUCGUGAAUGAUGUGGCCCAGCUAUCCUGCAAUUUGGGCAACCUGAUCGACCUGGACACCUGGUAUAGGGGGGCCGCUCUGUACAAGAAGCUCGAUGCUUUCAAGCGGACCCUACCGUCUGUACUGGAUGUGGAAAGAAACAAAUCACCGCAUAAUUUAUGUCUAUACCUGUAUUACUACACGACCGUCGUCAACCUCUGCGGAAUAUUUAUAUCUCGCCGAGGUAGCUCAACGACCGAUUCCCUAGUUGCCUUGACAGCAUUUGACCCACACAGCAUCCUAGAAAAAGCGAUGGACUCGAUGGGGACGCUUAUACUGUUGUACCGCGCUUCCCAUGGAUGGAAAUCCACUCCACUGGUCAUGCUUCAUUAUUUUCUCAUAGUGGGCAUCCAUGCGGCCUCGCAUUUAGAACUUCCCAAGUGGCGUGAGAUUCUGGUGACUUGCGUGGCAGGCCUCUGGCAUAUGAGCCUGUCGUGGAGACUGUCUCGGGCUUUCCUGCGCACAAUAGAGUUGGUGCUCAACUCGAAUGCCAAUAGCGCACAUAUCCCAAUAGAAGUGCUGUCUAUCUUGAGAGAGCAUCACGAGAAGAUCUGGACUUCAGUUGAAGUCAACCAGCUUGCAGCCAAUUAUGUUGUCCAUCAUUAUCCCAACUUGACCCCUGAGGCGGGUAGCGGCAACAACGGCAGUGGGCGUUUCCAUGGACAGGGCCUGGAAAGGCUUAUUCGGGCGUUCGACCGAUUGAGUACAUGA